AUGUCUAGAAUACUAGUUAUCGGGGCAGGUGGCGUUGGGGUCAUUACUGCGCUUUCGUUGUGGCUUAAGAAGGAGAGCGACGUUUCCUUGGUAGUCAGAUCUGACUACGAUAGGGUAUUGAAGCAUGGCUACACAAUCGAAUCAUGUGACUAUGGCCGGUUAGAAGGUUGGAGACCCCACCAUAUUUACAGCAGCGUCGAGGACGCUGCUUCUGCCGCAGACAACCAAGGAUACAACUAUAUUGUAGUGACUACCAAGAACAUCAUAGAUGGGCCCGUUAAUUCAAGGGUGUCCAACAUCAUCAGACCUGUGCUUGAGAAGAAUAAAGAGCUACAUGGGCCGCAAUUGACGACACACAUUUUACUGGUACAGAACGGAAUCGAUAUUGAGAAGGAGAUAUGGGCGGAAUUUCCCAGAGAGCAGUAUCGUUACACGGUGCUUUCUGGCAUCCAGUUAAUCGGAUCCACUAAGAUCGGGUCAGGCCAUAUCAGUCAAGUGGGCCAGGACCACUUAUCGUGUGGAGCUUUUGAUCCACAGGACGCUGCUGCUAUCCAGGCUGCCAACGACUUCGUCAGGAUGUACAGCAACGAGGGGCAAAACUUUGUCGAAUUUGACCCUAGGGUCCGUUACUCUCGGUGGAAGAAGUUGCUCUACAAUGCAGCUAUCAACACAUCCACGGCACUUGUGGGGCUAGACGUUCCGCGUUGCCUGGAGUUUGGGGUUAACAAGAAGAGCACAGAAAUUGAAGUGUUCCACCCUGCCAUGAGGGAGAUCAUCGCCAUUGCGGCGAGUGAAGGCAUCAUUAUCGAAGAGGAGUUCAUAACGAUGUUUACAGAGAUUACCAGGAAAAAGGUGUUCAAGCCAUCCAUGUGCGUGGACUGCGAGAAGGGCCAAUUGAUGGAGCUAGAAGUCAUCCUAGGCAACCCCAUAAGAAUCGCGAAAAGAAACGGCGUCGCUACACCCACUCUUUCUAUCUUAUACAACCUACUUGUGCUAGUACAGGCCAAACUAAAGGAGCGGAAAGGCCUAUUGAAGUUCGACGAAAAAACUGCCACUCUUGUGGACGAGUAG